AUGAUCGAGGCUCCAAAGCUGAAUGUUCUUUCGCUGCAUCGAAAUAAACUUCGCGGAAACAUUCCCAACUCUAUCUUAAAUGCUUCCAUGCUUAAGCUUCUAGACUUGGGAGAUAACUUCUUCUCUGGCCCAAUUCCUGAAACAUUUGGUAACUUACGACACCUUGAAUGGUUCCGAAUAGCAAACAACUAUUUGACCAUGGGAUCUACUAUAAAUAAUGAGUGGACCUUUCUUUCUUCUUUGACAAAUUGCAAGAAUUUGACAAGAGUAGAUAUUUCAGAAAAUCCUUUGAAUGGCACUCUUCCUACUAAUAUUGGGAACCUUUCAGCAUCGCUUAUAUACUUUUACGCUAUUGAUUGUGAGCUUAAAGGCAAUAUUCCAAUGGAAAUAGGUAACUUAAGCAACCUAUUGCUUUUACAACUUGACCAUAAUAAAUUAAGUGGUUUUAUUCCGACAUCAAUUGGAGGAAUGAGAAAUCUCCAAGGUCUAGAUCUUUCCUUUAAUAAAUUAGGAGGGCCUAUCUUAGAAAGCCUCUGUGGUUUGGAGAGACUAUACGAUAUGUCUUUAGGGUUGAAUAAGCUGCAUGGAUCCAUACCCUCUUGUUUUGGUAAUAUUACUUCUUUGAGAUAUCUUUAUUUAAAUUCCAACAAAUUGAGUUCUGCAAUACCCUCAACUUUGUGGAAACUUAAAGAUAUAUUAGAAGUAGAUUUAUCAUCAAAUUACCUUAACAAUUCACAUGCUCUUGAUGUUGGAGAUUUGAAGAGUCUGCUGAAACUAAAUUUAUCAAGGAAUCUUUUCACAGGAGAUAUUUUGUCCACAUUUGGGGGUCUUCAAACUUUGGUUUUCUUAGAUUUAUCAAAUAAUAUACUACAUGGUCAUAUCCCCGAAUCAUUUGGUGGUUUGAUUAGUUUGACAUUUUUGGAUUUAUGCAAUAACAAUCUCUCUGGAGUCAUUCCCAAAUCUUUGGAAAAGCUUUUAUAUCUUAAGUAUUUUAACGUGUCUUUAAAUAGACUUGAAGGGGAAAUUCCUACCAAAGGAUGUUUUUCAAACUUUCCGAGCACAUCAUUCAUGCAGAAUUAUGCACUUUGUGGUCCACCAAGAUUGCUAGUCCCACCUUGCAAAAAUGACAUCCGCAAAAAUUCCAAGAUGGGUGUAUUGCAUGAUUUGAGAAUUUCACAUGCCGAACUUUCACGGGCAACUAGUGGAUUUGACGAGCACAAUAUGCUUGGUUCAGGAAGUUUUGGAUAUGUAUAUAAAGGGAGGCUUUCAGAUGGAAUGGAAGUUGCAAUAAAAGUUUUCAAUCUGCAAAUAGAAGGAGCAUUUAGGAGUUUUGACAUUGAAUGUGAAGCUAUGCGUAACAUAGUUCAUCGUAAUCUUGUCAAGGUCAUUACUUGCUGCUCCAAUGUUGACUUCAAAGCCUUGGUGCUUGGUUUCAUGUCUAAUGGAAAUCUUGAGAAAUGGUUACAUUCAAACAGUUGUUUCCUUGAUAUCAUACAAAGGAUCAACAUAAUGGUAGAUGUUGCGGCUGCUCUAGAAUAUCUCCAUAGUGGACAUCCAACACCUAUAAUUCAUUGUGACCUAAAACCAAGCAAUAUUCUACUAGAUGAAGACAUGGUUGCUCAUGUGGGAGAUUUUGGCAUUGCGAAAUUGUUGGGAGAAGGUGAUGUAGUGAAGCAAACCAUGACUCUUGCAACUAUUGGUUAUAUGGCACCAGGUGAAUUUUGGAGUUUUUUUAAUGAUUAUUUUUCGUGUAUGUCUAUAUAUAGCAACAAACAUAUUAGAAAUAAUUCAGGAUUGCUUAUGCUUGAAAUGCAGAAUUUGGAUCAACGGGAAUUGUUUCUAUAAAAUGUGACAUCUAUAGUUAUGGAAUUGUCCUAAUAGAAACUUUCACUAGGAAAAAGCCAACAGAUGAAAUUUUUGGUGAUGAAAUGACCAUAAGGCAUUGGGUGAAAAGAUUAUUAUCUGAAGGAAUGAUAGACAUUGUGGAUGCUGAUUUAUUAAGAAGAGAGGAUGAGAAUUUUGUCAUUAAAGUAAAUUGUAUUUCUUCUAUCCUGGAGUUAGCUUUGGAUUGUUCAGCUGAGUUGCCAGAAGAAAGAAAAGAUAUGAAGGAUGUUGUGGUUGAGCUAAAGAAAAUCAAACAAACGUUUCUAAACAUCAUCCAACGAUGAGUAUGCUUGUGGUUAUUAACUUACUCUU